AUGACGAGAUUUGAGCAGCAGUGUCCGAUACCCAUCCGGCUGGUGAAUGGGACCAGCGUUUGCUCUGGGAGAGUUGAAGUAUACCAUAACUCUGUCUGGGGAACUGUCUGCGAUGAUGGUUGGGAUUCAAAUGCAGCAGAUGUUGUCUGCAGAGUAUUGAACUGUGGGACAGCUCAGUCAGCACAGACUGGAGCUUUCUAUGGUGAAGGGACUGGGAACAUCUGGAUUCAUGGUGUGAAGUGCCUUGGGACAGAGCCAACCCUCGAUCAGUGUUCUGCCAGCCCCCAGGGAAUGAAGAAUUGCACACAUAGCCAGGAUGCUGGAGUAACCUGUACAGGUCCAGUACCUGUGCGGCUGGUGAAUGGUACCAACCUGUGCUCUGGGAGAGUUGAGGUUUAUCGUAACUCCGUCUGGGGUACUAUCUGCGACAAUGGCUGGAAUGUAAUUACAGCAAAUGUGGUCUGCAGAAUGUUGAAUUGUGGAAUGGCCCAGUCAGCACACACUGGAGCCUACUAUGGAGAGGGAAAUGGAGAUAUCUGGUUUGAUGAUGUGAGUUGUAAUGGAACAGAGACUGCCCUUGAUCAGUGUUCUGUCAAUCCACGGGCAGCGAUUAACUGCACACACAGGAAGGACACUGGAGUUACGUGUUCAGUAUCAUUCAGAUUGGCAUCACAACCAAAGCAGGCUGAGGUUUCCUAUAUCGUUUCCUACCAGUAUCAGCUGUCGGCUCAGUGCCUCACUCUCAGCUCUGAGACAGAAGAUUGUGCGAGAGCUCGUUUCAGAAAUUUGAACUCCGUAAUCCAGCCUGGCACUUUCCAGAGCUAG